AUGAAUGAAUAUACCGCUCCAUUUGGAUCAGUUUGCUUGUUCAAAGCGCAAAAUUUUGCCGCUGUUGCACAGAAGGUCUUCAAAUCACUGAUUUGUAUUGCAUUUGCCAUUUCCUGCAAUCCUUCAUUGACGGGAACACAGCAACUACUUUCAAACAAUCUCGAACAUGUCACAUUUAUAAUGAGAUUUUUCAUCAAGAGCCUCACGUUGACUUAUAUCGACCUUACUUCGAUAUUGAAUGUGGGUUGCUCUGGAGAAAACAACGCCGCGACUUCAUCAUAAAGUUCUUCAUGAAUUUCUUCCAACGAUGGACAGGAACUUAGAGCAGGGAGUUGCUCCACAUCAUUGCAGUCGAAGACUUCAUGGAUAAAUUGACUUGGUGGCACUUUAACCGAAACAAGAGGAGAGGUUUGGGUCAGGAGCUCAGAAGACGAUAACCCAGGCGACACAAUAGAGGGGAGCGAGGAAAAAGAAUUAUUCCAUUCAGAAGCAUCUUCCGUCAGGACUAGGGCUCUUUUUCUUGACUCAUCGCUUCGUUGUAAAUCUUGA